AUGCGCUCUCUCACGCGCUCCCUUAUGCGCUCUCUCACGUGCUCUCUCACACUCUCAUGUGCGCACUCUUACACGCUCUCUCACACGCACUCUCACGCGCACACUCACGCGCACUAUCACACGCUCUCUCAUGCGCUCACUCACGUGCGCUCUCACGCGCACACUCACGCGCUCUCUCACGUGCACUCUCACGUGCUCUCUCAUGCGCUACGCGCUCUCUCACGUGCUCUCUCACCUGCCCUCUCACGUGGCCUCUUACGUGGCCUCUCACGCGCACUCUCACGCGCUCUCUCACGCGCACACGCACUCUCACGUGCUCUCAUGCGCACUCUCACACGCUCUCUCAUGCGCACACACUCUCACGCGCUCUCUCACGCGCACUCUCACGCGCACUCUCAUGCGCUCUCUCAUGCGCUCUCUCACGCGCACUCUCACGCGCACUCUCACGCGCUCUCUUACGUGCACACGCACUCUCACGUGCACUCUCACGCGCUCUCUCACGCGCUCUCUCACGCGCUCUCUCACGCGCUCUUUCACGCGCUCUCUCACGCGCUCUCUCACGCGCACUCUCAGGCGCACUCUCAGACCGUCACGCGCUCUCUCACGCGCGCUCUCGCGCGCACUUUCACGCGCGCUCUCGCGCGCACUCUCACGCGCACUCUCAUGCGCUCUCUCACGUACGCUCUCUCAUGCGCACUCUCACGCCCUCCCUCACGCGCUCCCUCACGCGCUCUCUCACGCGCUCCCUCACGUGCGCACUCUCACGCGCACUCUCACGCUCUCUCGCAUGCGCACUCUUACGCGCACACUCUCACGCACACUCUCACGCGCUCUCUCACGCUCUCUCUCACGCAAUCUCUCACGCAAUCUCUCACGCUCUCCCUCGCGUUCCGUAUCUCCCCUUCUUAA